GUUACCGUACUUCACUUCAAGAAUUCCCAGUCUCAUAGUAUCAGAUUAUGGGAAAAAAGGGGCAGAAGCGAAGGAAAAGUUUCCAAGCAACAGCGAAUUGCGGCGGGCCGGCAAACGUCGUCGUCUGCUCCUGAUAAGAAGGCGGCGCGGUGGUCUUAUGCAACUUCACGGAUAGACCCUUGGUUCUGAGCUUGUCGGCAUGGGUCUCCCUGAAGUUGCUGAAUUUGCUCGCAACUUCGCUGUGAUGGUCAGAGUUCAAGGCCCCGACCCGAAGGGUCUGAAGAUGCGAAAUCAUGCUUUCCACCAGUAUAAUUCUGGCAAAACUAUGCUAUCAGCUUCAGGAAUGGUUUUUCCAGCAUCCAGUAACUUGGAAUUGUCAGAGAGCGUCUUGGUCGUGACAGCUGCAUCUGUGGUGGAACCAUUUGUAUCUCAGUCAUACCAGGAAAGCAGUUCAGAGAAGAAGCCUCGUUUGAUACCAGGUGUUCAGAUUGAUAUACUAAUGGAGGCAAAGUCUAUGGUAGAUGGAAAUGUCGAGUCUUUACCUUGGCGUCCAGCUCAACUACUAAAGAUGCUUGACAUUCCACAUACAUCUGCUGCUGUCCAAUCUCUAAUUGAAGCUUCUUGCGGUUCACUGGAACAUAGUUGGGAAGUUGGUUGGUCUCUAGCCUCUCAUAGCCGUCCUCAACAUAUUGACAGCUCCCAUGAACAGGUUGAGCAAUCACCCUUCCAGAAUCAUUUGCCCAUUGGGAGUAUGGGAUCAAGCAGUCCUAAUCUCUUGGGGCAAUCAGCUACAAGAAUUGCCCUGCUAGAAGUUCCCUCCAAAUUUUCUGCAGCUAAUUCCCUGAAGGUGCUGAGAUCUAUUCCAAAGAGAGGCGGUCUUCUUCUGGCGAUGGGAUCUCCUUUUGGCAUAUUAUCCCCUCUACAUUUCUUUAACAAUAUUUCAGUUGGGUCAAUUGGCAACAGCUACCCACCCAGUUCUUCAACAAGUUCUUUAUUGAUGGCUGAUAUUAGAUGUCUUCCUGGAAUGGAAGGUAGCCCAGUUUUCAGUGAACAAGCGCAAUUGGUUGGUCUUCUGACGAGACCACUGCGGCAAAAGAUUAGCGGCACUGAAGUUCAGAUGGUGAUUCCAUGGGAAGCCAUUGCCUCUGCAUGCAGUGAGUUGCUGCUACAAAAGCCUCAUAGUGCCUCAGACAGAGUCAAUGUUGUUGAAACUUUAAUACCCAAAGACUAUGACCUUCCUAAUCAUUCUCAUGCGCCGAGUCCAUUUGGUUCUCGGACUUUGUCUCCAGUUGAAAAGGCUAUGUCUUCGAUUUGUCUUAUCACCACUGAUGAUGGAUCAUGGGCAUCUGGUGUUUUGCUCAAUAAACAAGGUCUCGUACUUACAAACGCUCAUCUCCUUGAGCCAUGGAGAUUUGGAAAAGCAGCUUUGACUAGUGACAGAAAGGAGAGGAGAUCGGAAGUUUCUAUUAUUCCAAAUGUUCAUACGAGGCUUGAGACAAUUAAUAUUGAAAAAUCAAGUCAGAAUCUGCUUGCUACAAAUCUAAAAGCAGCAGACAUUUCUUUGAAAAAUGACGAUGGACUUUCUCGAUUCAGCUUGCCCAAAAUAAAUCACAGAAAUAUACGCGUGCGCUUAGACUUUAUGGAUCCCUGGAUUUGGACUGAUGCUACGAUAGUCUAUGUCUCCAAAGGCCCCUUAGAUGUUGCACUACUGCAGCUUGAGAUAGCUCCUGAUCAGCUUUGUCCCAUUUCCUUGGAUGUUGAUUGCCCCUCAUCUGGAUCGGAGGCAUUUGUCAUUGGGCAUGGAUUGUUUGGGCCUCGUUGCGAUUUCCUUCCAUCUGCUUGCGUUGGUGUGAUAGCUAAAGUAAUUGAAGCUGCUAGAUCUCCAGAGACCAGAUCCGGUAAACUGAACUCAUGUGAGCGAUUCCCGGCCAUGCUUGAAACAACUGCAGCAGUCCAUCCUGGCAGUAGUGGUGGUGCUGUUGUCAACUCAAAUGGUUGCAUGAUUGGUCUCGUCACAAGCAAUGCCAAGCAUGGUGGAGGAACUGUCAUACCACAUUUGAACUUCAGCAUCCCAUGUGCAGCGCUAAAGCCCAUCUUGAAGUUCGCUGAAGAUAUGCAGAAUUUUGCGGUUUUAGAAGAACUUGACAAGCCUAACGAGCACCUUUCGUCUAUAUGGGCGUUGAUGCCACCUGUAUAUCCCAAGCCAGAGCCCAUACCCGAUAUACUGAAAUUCCCUGCUGAAGACAAAGGUAAAGGUAUAAAGGGUUCUCGUUUUGCCAAAUUUAUAGCUGACAGAAACAAGUUGCUGAAGACGACAGCACAGCACAGGGUACCUACUGACCUUAUACCAAGUAAGCUGUAAUCGUCCAAUGACUCUUCUUCAGCGAAUGAAAGAUGUUAUACACUCCCAUCGAAACAAUAAAUAUUGCCAAAUAUUUGGAAACUUUAUUUGUUGUAAUUGAUAAAUAUAUGGUUAAGUUUGUCAUCGGUUGUGGUGAUCAUACUUACUGGGAUUAGUACCCGUAUGUGGCAAUGUUGAUCCAUUUAGAUGAUUGAUGUAACAGUUAUAGUCAUAUGUUGUACUUCAUCCAAAGAAAGAUUUUGAGGUCUCUAUAUAUAGCUAAGCAUGCUUCACUUGAA